UGAAAAGCAGACUCUGCCUCAGAGUAUGUUAGCUUGUGCCUCACCAGCAGGUUCAGGAUCACAGUUACUGAUCAGAUCUGUGGUUCAGGUCAGAGCAGGGCAACUGGUGAGUUUGAGGAGAGAGUGGAAGAGAGAGAGAGAGAGAGAGAGAGAGAGAGAGAGAGAGAGAGAGGGAGAGAGCAGUCUCUGUUACCAGGAAAACUCCUACCGGUGUAUCAGUGGGAAAUCCGCAAGAGCAGAUGUGAUGUUGGAGUGAUUGAGAGGCUGGACACAGACUCACAUUAUCAGACACUGCACUGAACAAUACAACCAUUUCCCUGGUCUGUGUACCUGUGUUCUCAUGCAACCAGGAGAGCAAAGACUUGUUGCUGCCCUGAAGAGAUGGUGGGACUGAGAAACUCCUCUACGUGGGAACCAUUGUUACUCAAGGCCUCCAGCAUCAAGUCUUGUGCCAAUGGCUGCUCCCUGGGCAUCACUGCAAACCUGACCUAUGCUAAUGCUGACAUCGAGUCUGUAGAAGGUGUAUUUGUGUACCCUCUCGGAGAAAAGGAGGUGGUGGUGGGGUUUGAGGCUGUGAUUGCAGGACGAUUAGUGGGUGUCCAGAUCCAGAACCGAGGGAAGCUGAAGGACUGCUGUUUGGAUUGCUGCCCAGGCUCUGGUCUCGAAGGCUACUGUGGGAAUGGCAGUGAGUGGGGCUGCUGUGGGAGCUCAAGUCUAGACAUGCAAUGCACCAAUGGACAUCUCAUCCUGGAUGAAGACCUUGAAAGAACCACAUUCAUUGUGGGCACAGGUGUCAUUGGUCCCAUGGAUAUAGUGUCUGUUGUCAUAAGCACAACACUUGAACUCCCCACUUUAGAGAAUGGAGCAAUCCGCAUCGUCUACCCCAAUCUGCUAACUCCCAUUGUCACUGGUCAGAUGACUCAAAGCAAGAGUGAAAAUGGGGGGAAGUCUGAAGAAACAGGGCAAACCAGCUGUUUCGGUGCCACCUCAGGGAAACAGGACCGGGCUCUGGACUCUGAGCAGCAGUGUGCCCACGCCAUCUUCACCAGCCCAGCUGCAAACCUGGCACCUUAUGAACUCAACUUCCAGCUGCUGGUCAGAGGGGCCUGCUUAUUGGCUGGCCUGGAGAGCCCCACUCAUGCUCUGAGGGCAGAUGCUGACCCCAGCGCCCAAAGUGCCUCUGCCACCUACAUCACCUUGGCCCAGGAGCAUCCAUAUGACAGACACAUAGAGAUCAUCCUGCACCUUAGUGAGCCUCACAGCCCAUUGGUCAUACUGGAGAGGGGUCGACUCUCAUUCAGUCAGUAUGAACAGCAGAUCUGCUCUCGACGCGAUUUCAUCCGUUUUACUCGCAAAGAUUCAGAACCUGAGAGGAAGCUGGAGUUCAUGAGGAAGCGAUAUCACAAGGACAUCCUGAACAGCCCGGUCUUGAUGCUAAACUUCUGUCCCAACCUGCUGCGUGAACCUCUGGCGCUGCACAAAGCCACCAGAGAAAUGCUGUUCCUUGUGGAUCGAAGUGGAAGCAUGAGUGGAACCAACAUCCAUCGUGUCAAGGAGGCCAUGGUGGUGGCAUUGAAGAGUAUCCCUGCUGGCACCAUGCUCAACAUCGUGGGCUUUGGCACCACCAUCAAGCCUCUGUUCCCCUCCAGCAAGCUCGGCACUGAUGGCACUCUAAUGCAGGCCUAUGAGUAUGUUCAGAGGAUGAGAGCCGACAUGCGGGGCACCAACCUGCUGGGGGCGCUCUCCUGGGUGUACCAACAGCCCAUGCAGCGUUCAUAUCCUCGCCAGGUUUUCAUCAUCACGGAUGGAUGCAUCAGCAAUGUGGCUAAAGUGCUGGAGCUGGUCCGCAGAAACACAUGCUCGGGCAGAUGCUUUGGCCUGGGUCUUGGUCCUCGAGCCUGCAGGAGACUCCUGCAGGGCGUUGCCAAACUGACAGGAGGGACUACAGAGUUCUUGGACGAUGAGGAGAGACUCCAGCCUAAGUUAAUCAAGUCCCUGAAAAAAGCCUUUGAACCUGUGCUGACUGACGUGAGGAUUGACUGGUACCUGCCAGAAAACAUGGAGGCUUUCCUUUCACCCAAUGAAAUCCCUCCACUGUACCCUGGAAAUCGCCUCAUUGGAUAUUGCACUCUUUAUGAUAUGACCAAUUUCAAAGGGAAUAAGACAGAGUCUCAACAACGGGGCUAUAGAGGUGUACAUCGUGGUUCCACGGGUUCCGUUUUUGGACAAUCAAAUGAUGAGAUUUCAACUCCUCCAGCCUCCGAGUUAAUGCCUUUGGUGUCGUGUGCAGAUGGAACCAACUUGGAGGAGGCACUGAGAGAGAUUUCCAGAGAAAUCUCCUCUGAGUUCUCCUGUGCCAGAGACACAGACCCUGGCCCCAGUCUAGGAGUGGACCUAGACUGGUCCAGUGACAUCAGGGAGAGGAUCCAGCAGAGCUCUUAUAUCCAGGAGCAGUAUGUCCUCACCCGCUGCUCCCUCAGUACAGAACCUACAAACUCAGCAGUGAGUCUACAAACACAAUCACACUCACACUCACACAUGCCAGCCUCGUCAAACUCCGACCCUGCAGGUGGGGUCUUUCUGCCUGACCCUCACUCCCCUGCCUCAGUGCUGGAUACAGGGUCUCUACCCCAAGGCCUUGAGAAGAUGCCCCCUCUAGAACAGAGACCGUCUUUUUCUCGCUGGGCCGACUCAGGAUGGCAACAAAACCUCUCAGUGGAAACAACUGAAAAUGAUGCAAAGAAGCUCGGGUGUCUAGAUGGAGUUGAAGAGUGUCGUAAAAGACAAAAAGCACUGGCUCGUUCGACCAUGGCAGCACGGAGUUUCUCAUCACCUCAGGGGGAGCUGGAGAUGCAUCGUCUGAGGAGAGCUCUGGAGAGGGUCUCCUUUGACCAGACUCUGGGAGGGAGGCUGGAGGAAAGCGAUGGAGAGACAAAGCCCCCGUCAAGAGGGACACUUUCACACAGAAGCCUCACUGACUCCAAUGGACUCCUGUUUCCAGCCUCUCCUCUGGACUGGGACAGCUUCACAGACCCAGAGUACCUCUUUACAGCUGCUCCGCCCGAGGAUCCCCCACCAGGUCAGUGUCGCGCGCUCAUUCACGGAAUGCUGAGCGGGAGACCUGUGUCCUGGGAGGUCUGUGUGGACCUGGAACACCUUUGGACCCCUGAGGGUCAGGAGACACCAGAGGCUGAGGGAAGUCCAGGAGGAGGAGGGGAAGAAGGAAGAGAAGGGGAACCAUGGGAGGAGAUCAUUCACCAACUGACCGCUCGCUCAGUUAUACGAGACUUUGAGAAAAUGGCAGAAAAGGAGAGUGAUGUUCGACAUGGUUCAGCUAAGAGAUACCGCACAAAGGCAAUCCAGACCAGUAAGCACUGUAACAUCAUCUGCAUGUACACAGCCUUCACUACCACUGAAAGCAACCCCAAACAAGGCCUGCAAGAAAACAUGGACGUCCAAAACACAGCAAUGCAUUUAGGGGACAGGCGGACCUCUCAGUCAGGUAGUCGGAGACAGAGAACCUAUUCUAUCGGUUUGGGCAGACGGCGCACCAGUAGAGAUGGUGAAGAGGUUGAGGACACCUGGAACUCUACAGACAAAGAUGACACUCCUACCUCACCCUGUAGCCUUACAUCCUGGGACUCUAGUGUAGGAGGCAGUCCAUACUCUGCCACAGCCCCGUCAAUAACAGGCGCCCCAUGCACGCGGUCACAGCGAUCCAUCGAGAGCAAGUCAAUGGAGAGCUUCUUUGGCAACAGAUUUCCUUUAGGCAGACUCAGGUCCUCUGUUUCAUCAGGAAAGCAGGUUCCUCUGAAGUCCCACUGUUUGUCUGCUCAGACUGAGAGACAACCUGAAACUGAAGCCCUCGACUACCUGCCUCUGGUGCGUCUACAGUUGGCAUCAGGAGCUUUCCUUCUGACAGAGAUCUACUCUGACUGUGUUCAGAUCCCUCUGGACCGCCUGAAGAGGGCUUCACCCUACAGCCUCCACCGGCGCAGUCUCAGCCCGCCCUUCCGCUGCACGUCUCCCAGUGCUCCAUCUUUAUCCACCAAGCCUCCAGGUGCUCCCACUAGUCUCCAUGUUACCUUUUCUCCUUCUUCCUGCUCCCUCGGCAAAUCAGCUGCACCUCCUUUCCACCACACUCCAUAUGACACACCUCUGAUGCUGGAACCAAGAAUCCGCCGCCGACACCUGUCUGACCGAGAUCCUGUCAACUCACCCCCUGACCUCCCCAGCUCAGAAGAGGGCUCCCUCGAGCUAUCAGUAGGCCCCUCCCAGAGCCAGAAUCAUGGCCAAGCCGAUAGCGGCCGUGGUUCAGAGACGGAUGUGUGCGAGGGCUCUUCAUUAGAGCAAGCUGACCUCCAGGGGAGCAGCCAGUUGGCUCAAGAAGACCUGGAAGGCUCAAGCUGGGCCACUGCUGUGGCUCUAGCCUGGUUUGAACACCGCUGUGCCGGCUACUUCAUGGAGUGGGAGCUGGUGGCAGCAAAAGCCGACUUCUGGCUGCGAUGUCAGGAGCUGCCUGAGGGAGUGGACCUGGCCGGGCUAAAGGGAGCUGCCAGACAGCUGUUCCUGCUGCUGCGCCACUGGGAUGAGAACAUCAAGCUAAACAUGUUGUGUUACAACCCCAAUAACAUGUGAGGCCAUGAUCUCUGGUAGGAGCCAGAUCUGCUGAUUGACUUAUUCAGUCAAUGAUUCUGACUAUGAACCCCAGAUUCAUACUGAUGUGUUUGAUACAUGCAGACCUGAUGUAAGGGAGGUUGGUAUUUGCAAGCCCUAUGAGCUUACGUGUCAAUGCGUAUUGGCUUGGGGAUUUCUAUGUCACUGUGUGGAGCUUUUUUUCUGGAAAUUUCCAUUCAUGCACAUAUGGAGACCCCAAAGGGACAUUGAACAGAUAAGGUAUAUUAUAUUCAUUGCAAAGUAGAAGUCAGGCUUAAGAAGCAACGCCUUAGCAACGUACUAAAACCCAGAGCCAAAAUCCUUCCUUAUAUUCAACUGCACAUGAGAAAGAAUUUAAUUUUGUAUCUAGACUUACCUUUACAUGGCAGAGACCAAGUGGCCUUUAUACUUCGUAUGCUUGACAAUAAGAUUAUCCCAAUGGGCUUUUGUAUUCAGUAGUGUAUCACCUUGCCAGGUGUAUGAUAAGUCAGUGUUGAAGGAGAAUUAUAUUGAUUAUCAGGAUGAUUCUUUCAUAAUCCAAUUAAAGUUACUUUAGCAAACCUUA